UGGAGGGGGGAGGGGGGGUCACUAGCUUGCCUUGCCCCCCCCCUCCCCCCUUCCAGGCGCCCGGCCGGCGCUGCCCGCUCCGGGGGGAGGGCGGGGUCCAGGCGCAACCUCUUGCCCCCGCUGCUGUAUUUGGGUGUGUUUUGGGGUUUGUUUUUAAAUGAGCGCCAAGGCGUGACCGGGCCGUGACCCUAAACCCCCGCCCGCAGCUCUGCCAGCCGCCGGGUCGGGUCCCCAGCCCGGGCACAAGCGCAGGCAGAGCGCACGGGGCCGGGCGCCGACGGGAGCCCGGGACCCGCCCGGGCUGGGACCCAGAAGCGACCCGCGCGGCCGGGACUCUCCCUCUCCUCCAGCGCCGUGCGCCGGUGCCAUGGAAGGCGCAGGGGCCGGAGCGCUGGGUCCCCCGCCGGUGGCAGACGGGCAGGGCGCGGGCGAGGCUGCCCCGGCGCCCGCCGCCGCCCCCCAGAAGCCGCCUUACUCGUACGUGGCGCUGAUCGCCAUGGCCAUCCGGGAGAGCCCGGAGCAGCGGCUGCCGCUGAGCGGCAUCUACCAGUACAUCGCGGGGCGCUUCCCCUACUACCGGCUGGGCCAGAAGGGCUGGCAGAACAGCAUCCGCCACAACCUCAGCCUCAACGCCUGCUUCCUCAAGCUGCCCCGGGCGCGGGGCGCCGAGCGCAAGGGCAGCGACUGGACGCUGGACCCGGCUUUCCACGACAUGUUCCAGCCGGGCAACUACCGGCGCCGGCGGCGGGUCCAGCGGGCCCCCCUGGGUGGGCCCGGCCCGGCCCCCGCCUGCCCGGAGCCGCCCUACUGCCUGCCCCACCAGAGCCCCCCGGCCGCCUACCUGCUGGGCAGCGCCUGGGCAUCCCUGGGGCAAGCCCCGCUCAGCAGCAGCCCCCCGUGCCCGCUGCCCCUGAGCGGCUACGGCCCCUACCCGCGGCUGCUGCUGCCCGGGGCGGUGGCGCCUCAGCAGCUGAGCCUUGCGGCAGGGGCGGCCGGCUGCCCUUACCAGCAGCCCCCGGAGCUGCCCUUCAUGCGUUACUGGGGGGAGCAGGAGAGACCCUACGGCGCCGUGCCCGCCGCCAUAGACCUGUGACUCCUUGGCCGUCGGACAGGAGAGGGCGCUGGGUGCUGCGCCCAAAUCUUGCGAGGUGCCUCGGCCUCUCCCUCUCCGCCGGUGAUCGGUAUCGGAGCCCAAACAACCCCGUGUUCUCCCCUUCGCCCCGCUCCUGCUCUGAGCGUUGGCGGGAGCUCCGGGCUGCGUUUGGACUGAUCGCGGGGACCCCUCCCUUGUUAACGCAAUAACGGAAGGGGUGUCACGGGCGGGCGAGGUUUGAUGCGCGCUGCCUCUAAAGAGGAGUCGCUGAAAGGCUUUUGGGGAGCCUCGCUGAAAGAAGGGGGGUGCAAAUUCGGUUGAAAGCGGGACCACCCUUCUGAAAAGAGGAGCCACACCGGCAUGGACUUUGGAAGUGAGCCUGUACUUCCCUUGCUUUGAAAAGGGGAGGCACUGGGACAGUACCACAUUAUAAAUGCAAAUACAAGUAUUAACUUUGAAGUCCAAAUGAAUACUGCGAGUUGUGCGUUUCACUAGAAAUAUCAGGGCUCCGGAGAUUCACCCUGCAGCUCUAAUUCUCUCCAAACUGAUUCUUCUCCGUGCAGAGCAUCCUAGAGGACAUUAUUUGUUCUGCAAAACUAGACCCUAAUAUUUUAGAAAUUCUCUGUCUGCAAAGUAUUUUAAAUAACAGUUGAAUUUUGGGGUCAAAACUUUCUUGUUCCAAGGAAAGAAUGAAGAGUUUCAGACUAGUUUCCUGUUGCAUAGUUAUUGUAGAAGUGGUAUAAUAUGUUGUUUAAGUCCAAUAGUGUUAAUAUUUUCAGAGACUUUUAUUCGUGAAAGCCGCUUUAAAAUAUGCAGAUACUGAAGAAGCAUCAAGGACAAUAGAUUUGAAAACGAUUGAUUGGUUGGUUGGUACAUCUGUUAGGAAUUUAAAAACCGGUCUAUAUUUUUUUGGAUUAUUGAAGGGAUUUAAAGUAUGCUGCCUUGUUUCAUUCUUUCCGGUGGCUCCUAAGAAACGUGAAUUCUCCACUGCAUAACUUUUGUUUCUUUUAUUGUGUUAAAUUCAGUGGUACUAGUGAAACUGGAAAUGCCUGACCUUGGGCUGUUAACUGUAAGCAAGAGAAGUUGAUGAACUGAUAUUUCAUUUUUGUUAAGUCUGAGAAAUUGUUUUGGGGACUGAAAGUUAUGUGCUAUCAUUUUAAAAAGUGAAAUGUAGUUACUUUCUGGAAAAUACUUUUUGCAAAUGUCCUUCAAAACUCGAUUUCUGAAAUUUUUUUUUUUAAAGCAUUAUGUAAAGGAAUAACUUUAUUUUUUUAAAAAGAUGUUAAAUACCAAAGACUUUUGGGAUAAAUGUUGUGAUCCUUACGUUUUUAUAUUUAAAGAGAAACUAUUUUGGUUGAAGUGAAGUCAGAGGCAUUUUAUAUACUGUUCCUUGUUAGUAUAGUUAUUGCGAACAGGGUUAUAAUGGCAAUGCAGCGGUCCUUUUGUUGUUUGAAUUUCAGGAGUGGCUUCAGCUCUUUUCCUGCCAAAAAAGAUUCUAAACGCAAGUAGUAUUUCUAAUUGAAAUCGCAGGUUGGUUUGUUAUAGAAAUGAAUGGUUGAGAUACUAUCAAUCUGCAUAGCAGCAUUUUCUGGUGUGUUACAUUUUGAGACUUGUUUCAAUAAAUACUUGUUACUUUAU